CCAUCCCCUUUCCUCCCACAUAGCCAGCAAUGGCCGUCAUCACGCAUUGACCGGCCAACCCACCAACAGGUGUUACUCUGACGAGGCUUCCCAACAAUACUGCAAGGAUGGAUGCCACAUGAGCUGCUGCAAGGCGAUGCGUCGCUGAAGCCGUUGUGCUGCAUGGUCGGCGCGCCGUCGCCGGCGUUGUGCUGCAAUGUUGUCGCCGCCGUGGAUACUGCACCCACAUUUGCAGCAGCCCUUGUCCCGUCGACGUGCUACAAUACCACCUUCAUUGCCGCAGUUGCUUUUUGCACCGUCAAUCGUGCUGCAAGGUCGCCAUCGUCGGGCUGCCACCGCUACCGUCGUGCUGGAAGGUCGCCGAUGCUGCAUCGCCGUCGGCGGAGCUACAACGCAACGAGCGUGCUGCUUCGAGCCGGAUCCUAGCGCCGCCGGAGCUACAAUGCAGCAUCGUUCGUGGUGGUGACGGCGGCGCUGCAACCUGAAGAUCUUGCUGACGACUGCAGAUGCUGUGGGAUAGCCGGCGCUGCAACCGCAGGAUGCCGUCAGCGGCGGGCGCUGCAAAGCAACGAGCGCGGUGCACGGUGCUUCAAUUCAAAGAUCUCGCCGGCGACACAUGCUUCAAUGCAGCAGCGGCGAAGCUAGAAAGCAGCAUCCAUGGAGGCACACCAGCGACAGUGGUGGUGUCCAGCGUCACCCUCUUGCUAUGUUUGGCAGUAAUCAAACCUGCUGCAUAGCGACGGAUGAAACCAACAGUGGCCGGCGUCGCACCUCACCGGGGCUGCGCUUGUCGGCGUGUCGUGCUGCUGGAAGUUCGUUUGGGCAGGUGUAGCGACAGGGCGUCGUGCUGCAGAGGUUGUCUCAGGGCGUCGUGUGGCAAGGCGCCGUUCGUCGUCGGCAGGCCGUCAUGUUGCUGCGUAUGCUUGGGGAGCAGUGGAUGGAAGACGAGAGGAUGAAGGAAGACCCGCUGCCUUAGGUGGAUUGAACGGCCACCAUCGCCAGAUCUGACGGCGGGCUAGGCGGAUGAUUUCCUAAUUCAAAUCGGAGAUGGAGUACUCCGUCCAAGUUUAGAAAAGGAACGAAAAAGUCAAUCUCAACUGUAACCUGCAGGACUCCGAAUCCUAUUACGACUCCGGUCGAGGAGAACCUAGCCGGCACAUAUAAGUACGUACGUAGUACUCCGAAUCAAUUAUCAAACUGAACCCAAACACGUCCUCUCACCAGCGCCGUGGCCGUCGCCUGAGUCUUCUGCCUAUUUGAUCAGCGGAUUGAGAUGGAGGCAUCAGCCGGCAGAUCAACGAGCACAGAGACGCAGGCGCCCAAGGAAUUGGAGAUGUCGGCGCCGAUGGAUCGGGAUGGUACCCACGAGGAGCAGGUGCCGCAGACCGAGUCUGAAUUCAAAUCAGAGAUGGGGGCAGGGUCAGUGAUGGGUUCAGACACCAACGAGGGGACGUCCACCAUCAAAUCAGCCGAGUUGAUAAUUGAACCUGCAGAUCGCAGCCCCAGCAAUACAAUUGCCAGAUUGGAACAGUGCUCCGUCCAAGAUGAUACCGAUCAUGGCAGGAUGGACAGAGGCAAAUCAGGCACACUGUUGACCAUGAAUGAGAAGGAUAAGGCCGCUGAGGAGAUGGCUCACGAGGCGGAGAUGUUCGCUUUGUACAUUGAGAGUUGGGAAUCUGAAUGGAGCAAAACCUGCGGUUCCUUCACAGACCAAACGGUGCUGAGUUCCACGUGUUUUGUGCACUAUACACCUGGACGCAUGCCACGGAUCCGUUGUGGGUCUACCCCCGACACCUUGCAGGUCUUCUCCGUCAAGCUUGCAGAAAUAACCGGUGGCCUCCAGUGGCCAUUGUCUGUGUAUGGCGUGGUUGCCGCACGAGACACCGUGGAUCACAACCGCAACCUUAUCUUCUCUUGCGAUAGGAGCCACGCCCAAGAACUGAAACAGGAUGAUAAUUUUUUGCACUUGAUUGGCCCGUUCCGUGCAAUUGUGUUUGAGGACAUGCUCGACUUCGAAAUCCAACUAAAAGUGAAAGGUACAACCCAGUCUGAAGAUGAAGCAUUGAUCAGACAUGUAUGCAGUUACGCGGGAGGAGGAUACGGCCCUGGUGUAACUAUUGGGAACUGUUUUUGCAAACUAGAGUUAUGCCUGCAGCGAGUUACUUGAUCGGUCCAGGCCACUAUCGUGAGUGUCCAGGUUGUGAAAGGGUCAUGGCCCUUUGAAUAUGGCGGACGAGUUGCCUGCUACUCGCUGUCAGGGGAAUUUAUGCCCACCGAGAGGGGAGUUGUUCGUGUUAUUGAUCCCUCGUCUAGCCAAAUUGUGCUGCAGGAUACAAAAGAUGGAGCGGAACUGAAAGGUUUUCAUGGUUAUGUGCAUCUUUCGAGGCGAGUUGUUUCGGUAGAGAUUAGAGGGAUGUUGGAUGUUGAGAUACAAGCCUACUCCAAAUCUGAUGAUACCGCUACACGAGGUCAUGUCCGUCUCCUGCCCAAACUUUGCAACAUAAGCCAAGAGAAAUGUGACCUAGAUGGCGCUGAGGUGGUGGUUACUGUUGCUUGGUCUCUUAUCCCUACAGACAAGCGAGACAUCAUGGCAGAGGGAUGGAGCGGAGGGAAGGUUAUUUGAAGCUUGUGGUGGGAGAUUUGUAGUGGGCAAGGGUAAAUGGAGUUGCAAAAUUAA